AUGAAUAUUUUCAAAUUACAGAAAAAAUACCCACAGUUCCAACAAAACGAGAUUUUCGCCCUUCAAGACGCCUUUCAGCGAUUAGAUGUUGAUGACAAGGGCUAUCUCGAUGAGGCGACUGUGAUCAAGGCCACUCAGCAAUCUGAACGACAGCCAUACGAUGUUGUGCGCUCGGCUUUAAAAGAGGUCGAGCUCGACAGUUCCAGACGUGUCGAGCUGGAAGACUACGUUGAUCUUAUCUCAAAAGUCCGCAAUUCUGUCAGCGCCCCGUCCGCCGCCAGUGCUGCUCCUGUGCGUGGACAUGCUUCCAAAGGCAGCAUUGGCGGAAAAAUCCACGUCCAGGGCUCAUCUGCAAAUGUUACGCAUACCAUAAACGAAGAUGAAAGGACGGAGUUUACCAGGCACAUUAAUGCUGUCCUUGCCGGGGACCCUGAUAUCGGCCACCUUUUGCCAUUUCCAACUGACACAUUUGAGAUGUUCGAUGAAUGCAAAGAUGGAUUGGUGCUUGCCAAACUUAUCAAUGAUAGCGUACCCGAUACCAUUGAUGAGCGUGUCUUGAACAGGCCUGGGAAAAAGGCGAAACAACUCAACGCAUUCCACAUGACUGAAAACAACAAUAUAGUUAUAAAUUCCGCCAAAGGUAUCGGUUGUUCCGUUGUCAAUAUCGGAAGUGGUGACAUCAUUGAGGUACGAGAACAUCUCAUUCUUGGUUUGAUUUGGCAGAUUAUUCGCCGCGGCCUCUUGGGUAAAAUCGACAUCAAACUCCACCCGGAACUAUAUCGGCUUCUUGAAGAGGACGAAACUCUAGAGCAGUUCCUACGACUGCCACCAGAGCAGAUCUUGCUUCGCUGGUUUAACUAUCACUUGAAAAAUGCAAAUUGGGAUAGAAGGGUUGCAAACUUUUCUAGUGAUGUAAAAGAUGGAGCCAACUACACAGUACUUCUCAAUCAAUUGGCGCCAGACCUCUGCUCGCGAAAACCUCUUCAAACUCCAGAUUUGCUUCAGCGUGCUGAGCAAGUUCUUCAAAACGCUGAGCUGCUACAGUGUCGCAAAUUUCUGACUCCAACUUCACUUGUUGCGGGAAAUCCUAAGCUCAAUCUAGCCUUUGUAGCAAACUUAUUCAACAAUCACCCGGGUCUUGAUCCAAUUACUGAAGAAGACAAGUUGGAGGUUGAGGAUUUCGAUGCUGAAGGCGAGCGUGAAGCUCGAGUUUUUACGCUUUGGCUCAACUCCUUAGACGUGCAACCAGCCGUCAAUUCUCUGUUUGACGAUUUACGAGAUGGUACUGUCCUCCUCCAGGCUUACGACAAGGUUAUUCCAAGCAGUGUUAACUGGAGACAUGUGAAUAAGCCUCCUUCGCAUGGUGGUGAGAUGAUGAAGUUUAAGGCUGUUGAAAACACAAAUUAUGCUAUUGAGCUGGGGAAGCAAAACCGUUUCUCUUUGGUAGGAAUCCAAGGAGCCGACAUCACAGACGGCCAGAGAACAUUGACGCUUGGCCUAGUAUGGCAGCUAAUGAGAAAGGAUAUUACAAACACUUUGUCUUCCUUGGCCAAGCGUAUGGGAAAACGUGAAAUUACGGAUGGGGAGAUGAUUCAAUGGGCCAACGACAUGUCACGAAAAGGUGGAAAGAGUUCAUCUAUUCGAAGCUUCAAGGAUCAGACCAUUGGUAGUGGCAUUUUCCUGCUCGAUGUCCUAAACGGUAUGAAGAGCAGCUACGUCGAUUAUGAGCUUGUUACCCCGGGAAGAACCGACGAUGAUGCCUACGCAAACGCGAAACUCGCUAUCAGCAUAGCAAGAAAGAUGGGCGCCACCAUCUGGCUGGUUCCAGAGGAUAUUUGUCAGGUCCGGUCACGCCUGAUUACUACGUUCAUCGGUUCCUUGAUGGCCACGUCUGAGAAGAUGUAA